AAGUCAUUCGAAAAGAAUUUUGAAAAUUCUGCCACAAACGGUUUUCAUUAUCCUCUCGAUCAUAUUUUUACAGGCCCAUUUUCAUUGCUUCUUUCUGCGCUCGAGUUGAUCGUGAAAUUUUUCGGUUGCGCCGACGUUGUCGUCUUUCAUUGAUUGUUGCUUAUUUUUCCCCUUUUUUUAAGAAUAAACUAUUGCAAUUUUUAGACGACAAAGGCAAGCGGGUGUAAUUGUUUAUAUAAAUAUUUCAGUUAAGUUGUUUUAUUUUGCGUAUUUUCUUUGUGCAAUCAAGCAGCGUUUGCCGGGACAGCGACAAAAGCUAGCGGAUUUAGAUUCACUUACGGAGGAUCUGUGCAGUAAACGUGCGUGCUAGUGUGCUUGUGUGUGUGUGUUUGUUAAAAGCAACUAAAACUUUGCUUAAAAAAUGGCACAAAAGACUGAUGAUAAAACGGCAGAUAUACCAGAGCGUCUUUAUGAUUCUACUACGCGAUCCACCUACAAACGCUUGCGUUUCUUCGGAAAAGGCGGCUUUGCGAAAUGCUACGAGAUUGUCGAUGUAGAGACGAACAAUGUAUACGCAGGCAAAAUCGUAUCCAAAAAAUUAAUGCUUAAACAUAAUCAAAAAGAAAAAAUGUCUCAGGAAAUCACCAUACACAAAAGUCUGAAUCAUGAAAACAUUGUAAAAUUCCACAGCUUCUUUGAGGAUAGCUUUAAUAUCUAUAUUGUGCUAGAGUUGUGCAAAAAGCGGUCUAUGAUGGAGUUGCAAAAACGUCGUAAAACUAUAACUGAAUAUGAGUGCCGAUACUACAUAUAUCAGAUUAUACAGGGAGUAAAAUACUUGCAUGAUCACAGAAUUAUACAUCGUGAUCUUAAAUUAGGUAAUCUCUUCUUGGAUGAUCUGUUGCAUGUAAAGAUCGGAGAUUUCGGACUUGCGACGCGUGUUGAAUUUGAAGGCGAACGCAAAAAGACACUAUGCGGUACACCGAAUUAUAUUGCGCCUGAGAUUCUCAAUAAAAAGGGACACUCAUUUGAAGUAGAUAUUUGGUCGAUUGGUUGUGUUAUGUAUACACUUUUAGUUGGUCAACCGCCAUUUGAAACUAAAACAUUGAAAGAUACUUAUGAGAAAAUCAAAAGGUGUCAAUAUAGGGUACCAAGUUAUCUCCGCAAAUCUGCCGCUGACAUGAUUGUCGCUAUGUUGCAAUCCAAUCCGGAUUUGCGACCAACAAUUGGCAAAUUGUUGUCCUUUGAUUUCCUCAGCUGCUCACCAGUGCCGAUGUUCUUGCCCAGUUCUUGUUUGACCAUGGCACCACGUAUUGAAAUGAGUGAAGGGUUGUCGGCAGAUGCAUUGGGUAAUCGCAAGCCAUUAGUGGAAUUGAAUGGCAUAAAAGAUGAUACAAGAUUGGAGCAUACAUUUCUUAAAAAUAAUUUACAUGACGCCAUCACGGCUUCUGCACAAGUAUUUCGACAUAAUGAGGAUUACCGAGCGGAUAUUGAGAGUCUGCAUAUACAGUUGACAGAGUUGAUUAAUGCCAAGCCUAAGCUACUGCCCCGCAAUUUGGGAGAUGAAAAUACUGAUCCAGCUGCGCAACCACUUUUCUGGGUAUCAAAGUGGGUUGACUACAGUGACAAGUAUGGCUUUGGCUAUCAGUUAUGCGAUGAAGGCAUGGGCGUUAUGUUUAACGACACCACAAAGCUUAUUCUAUUGCCUAAUCAGAUCAAUGUACAUUUCAUCGACAAAGAUGGCAAGGAAAAAUACAUGACCACUACUGAUUAUUGCAAAACGUUAGAUAAGAAAAUGAAAUUGCUUACCUAUUUUAAGCGCUACAUGACCGAACAUCUUGUCAAGGCUGGUGCCAAUAAUGUGAACUUUGAAAGCGAUCAAAUUUCGCGUAUGCCCCAUUUACAUUCGUGGUUCCGCACAACUUGCGCCGUUGUUAUGCAUUUGACUAACGGCUCAUUACAGUUGAAUUUCUCCGAUCAUAUGAAAAUUAUAUUAUGUCCGCGUAUGAGCGCCAUCACGUACAUGGAUCACGAAAAGAACUUCCGUACUUAUCGUUUCUCUACAAUCAAACAACAUGGAUGCUCUAAGGAUCUUUAUCAGAAAAUACGUUAUGCCCAUGAAAAACUAAGCAAAAUGUUAGAGAAAAUGAUGUUUUAACAUAGAACAACUAAGUUUGCCAACUCAAAAGCAACAACCAACAUGGUAUUCGUAUUCGAUUGGCUUCCAUCGUUAAUUUUGGCCAUUUUCCUAAUGUAUAAUGUUUUAAAGUUCAGUGGGCGUUAAUAACAACACAAUACAACUCAAGAAUACAUGCUGCGAGAGAAACAAAAAAAUGAAAACAAAUAUUUUUUUAUCAA